AUGAGCCAACCUAAUGUCCUCCAGGGAGCUCAGAACAUUGUUAUAACUGACAGCAACAUAAACAUCGCCAAUGCUAUCAAUUACUACACUAGUGCUGGCAACAGAACAAUAUAUACAACGAUUCCCGUAAAACCAAACUCAAGUAUUCAUUUCACAGGACAGACCAAUGUUCUCACAAAACUGAAGAAACAUUUUACUGCCGAAAGCAACGAUAAACUCCGCCAUCAAAAAUUCUUUUUGUUGUAUGGCAUGGGGGGUAUCGGGAAGACUCAGAUUUGUUUGAGGUUCAUUGAGGAUAUGUCUGACUAUCCCCAUUUCAUGGGUUCCCAGCUUUUCGAGGUCUUUAUUGUCCUCCACUGA